AUGCCUUACCUGUCAAGUUUGAAAAUAUCAAGAUCCUCUGCUGAAAUUGCUACAAUUCAAUACUGUUUUCACCCUUUUGGGCAGAGAAAAAUAACAAAUCUCACCAUUGUUGCUUCCUCUGGCCCUUCUAAUUCUGCUUCUUCUUCAACUAGUGAUUAUGUAAAUUAUUCUUCAGCCGUUGUAGCACAGAAUUUGACUGAAAAGGCUUUGAAGAAUGGGAAACAACUUCAUGAAACUCACUCAGUGGCUCAAAAUGAAAAGAAGAUUACAUCUUGGGGAGAUGCUGAGGCUGAGGCCAGUCGAAGUCCAGCAUGUCGUGUUUCAAAUAUGGUAGAGAAAUCAUGUGGUGGAAACAGAAAAUGGCCUUUCUGGAGGAAACUGAUGUUUGGAUCCAAGAAAUUCAGGAGUAUAAUCUUGCUUAACGCUGUCGCUUUUGUUUCCGCAAGUGAUAUUAUAGUCAUAAAAGAGGUUGAAGCUUUCACGGAUCCAGCUUACUUCUGUGCUGUUCGAUUUGCUGUGUCAGCCAUCCCAUUCUUACCGUUCAUCUUUAAGGCAAGGAAUGAUGUUCAAAUCCGCAAUUCAGGAUUCGAAUUGGGGCUAUGGGUCAGUUUAGGCUAUAUAUGUGAGGCACUUGGACUGCUUACUUCGGAUGCAGGGCAUGCUUCAUUUAUUUCUCUGUUUACAGUUAUUGUAAUUCCACUGCUUGAAAGCAUGUUAGGAGCAAUAGUACCUGCUCGAACUUGGUUUGGAAUCUUCAUGUCUGUGGUUGGGAUUGCAAUGUUAGAAUGUAGUGGAUCUCCUCCAAACAUUGGUGACCUUUUCAACUUUUUAAGUGCCAUAUUCUUUGGCGUUCACACACUGCGAACGGAACAUAUAUCAAGGACUACGAGAAAAGAGAACUUGUUUGGUCUUCUGGGAUACGAGAUUGGUGUUGUUGCAGUUGUGUCCACUAUAUGGUGGCUAAUUGGUGAUUGCAUUCAAGAUAGUGAUGGUGUAUCAUGGACAUGGGCUAUGUUUUGGGAUGGGAUAGUUGCAUUUCCAUGGAUACCAGCACUAUAUACCGGUGUGUUCUCAACAGGGUUGUGCUUGUGGGGAGAGAUUUCUGCAUUGCGUGAUGUCUCAGCAACAGAAACGGCCGUGGUCUAUGGGUUGGAGCCACUCUGGGGUGCCAGUUUUGCAUGGUUUCUCCUCGGUGAAAGGAGGGGUGCUGCUGGAUGGAUGGGGGCUGCUCUCAUCCUAGGAGGAAGUUUAACAGUGCAGAUUUUUGGAGCUUCUGCUGGUAAAUCAAGAGAGGCUACCAAGAGAGAAAACAGCAAUCCAUUGACGGUAUCAGAUCACAAAAAGCUAACAAGCUCGCUCUCGACUUCUCCAGUGAUAGUCAGAUCGCAGGAUAGUGUGAUCAAUAGAUUGAAGAAGUAA